GUCAUCCUGACAUUCAUUUUCUCUCGACUCACCACACCUGCCUCUCCACAUCACCUGGCCAACCACCUCAAGCCCACCAUCAUGGAAAUCGACCCCACCGCCCCGGCCCUCCCUGCCUUCAACCUCACGGACCCGCCCAGCAUCUCCUGGCACGCGCGCAUAACCGUCGCGCCGGAAAACGCGGAGAAGUUCCUUCGAUAUCUGAAGCCGUGCAUGGAUGCUGUCAAAGCCGAGAAGGAGUGUGUGUUCUUCCAGGUGUUUCAGGACCCGAGCAAGCCGGGGAGCUUCAUGUUCGUUGAGAACUGGAAUGCGAGUUUGGAGUGGAUGCAGUCGGUGCAAUUCAAGAAGCCUUACUAUAUCCCAUACAUCACGGAAACGGCGCCACUGUGGUUGGACCGGAAGUUCGAGGUUUGGGAGAGGUUGCCAGGUGCGGAGUGGGCGUCUUCUAAGCCAGCCAACUUUGAGUGA